AUGUAUGUGGUAUUGUCAUUUGGAUUGUUGCUGUCAACGGCAUGGGCAAAUAGAGCAAAUGAGCGAAACAGGAAUGCAAUCACCAUCAACUUGCGCCCAGAUGAAAAUGACACGUUGACAAAUUUGGAGUCGAAUUUCUUCCCGAGUGUGAUUGAUAACGAAGGAAACAAACCCAGAUUCACCGCACCCGCCAAAAAUCGACGUCGAAAUAUUCAGCGCCCAGUCGGCAGUUCCGCACGUCUUCGUUGUAAAGCUACAGGAAAACCUAAGCCAGAGAUCAUUUGGUACAAAGACAACAAACAGAUCGUUGAGGAGCGAAAUAGCAAUGAUCAUGUUCAUACACAGAAAUGGACGCUACAUUUGAGCGAUCUCCGUAACGAGGACUCUGGGAAAUACACAUGCAGGGUAUAUAACAGAGCUGGCAUGAUCAACUAUACAUAUACAGUAGAAGUUAUAGAAAAAAUAAAAAUGAAACCUGAACUAAUUCCUCCCCAUCCUGUUAACAUGACGGUCAAAUAUGGAGGCAUGGCACAGUUUCAAUGCAGAGUACGUAGUGACUCGGAGCCAACCAUAAAGUGGCUAAAACAAGUGAGCACCAAAUCUACCACACAACUGAAUAACACAAUCAAGGUUGACAAUCAACUGUUUGCUGUCCUCAAAACGGGCGAUGUCUGGUCCAGAAAAGAUGGCACUUUCCUCAAUAAACUCGUCAUCACAAACGCGAGGAUGGCAGAUGCGGGGAUGUACAUAUGUCUGGGUGCUAACACACUUGGUUAUAGCUUCCGACAAGCUUUUCUCACUGUCAAUAUAUCAGAUUCUCAACUCCUGAAAGAGAAGAAUGCGCGAAGUUCCUCCUCACACAGUGGCUUUAAUCCCACGACCCUCACGCUCGUCAUAGCUAUCCCAUCAGCCUGUGUUAUCUUCUUCGUCAUAACAACAGUUUAUAUACUACACAGAAAACAUACAUGUAUGGCCAGUUCCAGUCAGAAACUAACAGUAACAGUUACUCGCACACCUAAGCACAACAUUAGUGCUAAUCACCUAGACAAGGACCAAUUUAGGCCUUUGAAAUCUCAAUCUCCGCAUGGCUAUUCUCAAAAACGAUCGGAAACUCCAUACAGUGAGUCUCCAUAUAGUGAGCAAUAUGAUGGAGUGCCGUACAGUGUAUCUGAAGUACAGUACGGGAGUGACAGACAAUAUAGGGACUACCCUGAGGUAGCCCACCCUAGCCAUGCUGGUGUAUAUCUCGCCCCAGGGUCAAUAUCAGAUUACCCCGAUUUGCAGUCAAACCCUGGGGACUACAGACACACAAACUCUAUAGCAUCAGACUAUCGUGAAAUUAACUCAGGACGGUCGGAUCUGUCGUCACUGCCCCGUUUAGGAAACAAUCACCAUAACAACUAUCUAAAUGCCUGAGCUAGACACAGUUGACAUCAUAUUUAUGUUCUUGCUGUGUAAAGUGUUACUAGUGCAUGUAGUCGAGGCUACUUUGUUGCUUAGCAACUAUGUUGUCAUUAGCAACCGUGAUACUUGUUAGCAACCACUAUGCUAGUUAACAAGCUUAAGUUGGUAAGCCAGGUGCUUUUAACCAGAGGUUCAACAGGGUCUUUCUCUGCCAAAUACAGUGAUAGUUGAGUUUAUGUUACUACAGGCUGAGUUCAUAUUACUAAGGCUGAGUAAAUGUUACAAAAACUGAGAGGUUACAAAGGCCGAGUGAUAAAUAAGACAAAGGUGCAAAUCAAAAUAUUCUUGCAAAAGUAAAUUGUAC